AGGAACCAGAACAGAUCAACUGUCGUUGACCAGAAAACAGUCCCAGCACAUCAGCAUUAAUUGCAGUGGCAAGGGACUGAAACUCCCUUUGCUCCAAUCAGUUGGGUUUGCUGGGUGUGUCUGAGAAUUGGACUGCCUCUUUACACCUGCCAGCAAAUUUGGAACCCUCCGCUCCCUCCCGCCCAUCAUGCUCCAACCACGCCUCACAUUGAGGAGCCUACAGAACUCCUGUAGAUGCCUCUCAUCAAUCACCGCUCGCGCAUACUCUAGCACACUCCUCCAGAAGCCAGAUGGACCAGCCGAACCGGAAAAGGAAACUCCUAGCUUCGCUUUUGCUCCGCCUCCUAUGAGGGAUAAGGAAGGGCUUGGUAUGCGGUCUUACACACCCCGCACGCCCGGUCUCAGGCAUCUGCGAAGACCAAUCAACGACCACUUGUGGAAAGGAAGGCCGGUGCACAAACUCACCUUCCCGAAAAGAGGCCAUGGCAAAGGUGGCCGGAAUAGCACUGGCAGAGUGACUGUUCGACAUCGUGGUGGAGGCCACAAACGGAGAAUACGCACCGUCGAUUUCGAGCGGAAGGAACCAGGACCCCAUAUGGUUGAGAGAAUCGAGCAUGAUCCGAAUCGAAAUGCGCAUAUUGCUCUUAUCAAGUCCAAGAAGACAGGCAAAUUGAGUUAUAUCAUCGCUGCUGAGGGCAUGAGGGCAGGUGAUGUUGUCGAGAGUUACAGAGCAGGUAUCCCCGACGAGCUAUGGCAGAGUAUGGGCGGCACAGUCGAUCCCGGUGUGCUGGCUGCCAGAACCGCGUGGCGAGGGAACUGCCUCCCCCUUCACAUGAUCCCUGUCGGCUCAUUGAUCUAUAAUAUCGGAUUAAAACCGGGAAAGGGAGGACAGUUAUGCCGGGCCGCUGGUACCUUUGCAACGAUCACUCUAAAAGCAACCGAAGAAUUGCCUGAAGAAAUACAACAGGCGGAAAGCGUAUCUUCAGAAGAAGGAGACGCGAAACUUCUUACCCUACAGGAGAGACACAAACUCAAACAGCUUGCGGACCAUGUCACCAUUCGCCUUGCCAGCGGUGAAGUUAGGCUCAUCCAUAAGGAUUGCUGUGCAACCAUUGGCGUCGCAAGUAAUGCCUAUUUCAAAUAUAGAUCCCUUGGAAAGGCUGGACGAAGUCGAUGGUUGAAUAUCCGUCCGACGGUCCGAGGCCUCGCCAUGAACGCAAAGGACCAUCCUCACGGUGGUGGACGGGGAAAGUCGAAGGGCAACGUCCAUCCAAAAAGUCCCUGGGGCAAACCGGCCAAAUCCGGAUACAAAACUCGACCAAAGCACCGCGUCAACAAGGCUGUCGUUAUCCCGCGCGUACGGAACCAAGGCAAGCGUCGCAGAGGAUACAAUUAA